AUGCGUUUCUCCCUCUCUCUCUUUAACGCCCUUGCGGCCGUUGCCGCUGCAGAGAACUAUCUGGGUUUCAACUCAGGCUCGACCAAGGCCGACUACUCGGUCAAGGUCAAGGCCGAUUUCUUGCAAGAGUUCAAGACGGCCCAGAACCUCCAGGGCGCCCCCGGCGUCUUCAACGCCGUCCGUCUCUACACCAACAUCCAGGGCGGUACCACGGACGACCCCAUCUCGGCCUUUGAGGCCGCCAUGGAGACCAAGACCAAGAUCCUGCUCGGCGUCUGGACCUCGGGCACCACAUCGAUCGAGAAGGAGCUUAACGCGCUGUCCAAAGCCGUCAAGCAGUACGGCAGCAACUUCACUGACCUCGUAAUCGGUAUCUCGAUCGGUUCCGAGGAUCUCUACCGCAAUUCGGUGACUGGUGUGACCAACAAGGCCGGUGUCGGUGCUCAGCCCAGCCAGCUGGUUGGCUUCAUCAGCGACUUCAAGAAGACCUUCAAGGACACUGCCCUCGGCAAGACCCCCGUUGGCCACGUCGACACCUGGGACGUCUGGGGCAACGCGACCAACAAGGCCGUCCUUGACGCCAUCGACUGGGUUGGUGUCGACGAGUACCCUUACUACGAGAACGGCAAGGGCAACGACAUCAAGAACAGCGGUAACCUGUUCGACAAGGCCUACAACGCCACCAUCCAGGCCGUCGGUGGCAAGGCCGUCUGGGUUACUGAGACCGGCUGGCCUACGAGCGGCAUUGACUGGGACCAGGCCGUGCCCUCGAUCGACAACGCCAAGUACUACUGGCAGGAGAUUGGCUGCCGUGUGCUGUUCAACAAGGUUCCCACCUUCUGGUACAACCUCCGCGACAGCAACCCCGACAACAAGCAGCAGUUCGCCAUCACAAAGGACCUGUCCACCACGCCCCUCUUCGACCUCAAGUGCCCUACCACCUUUGACACGGACAAGCAGCGCCAGUCCAGCAGUGGCAGCAACAACAGCAGCAGCACCAGCGGCAGCGGCAGCAACAGCACUGGCGGUAGCAACUCCAGCACUCCUAGCUCCUCCAGCGGCUCCUCCAGCUCGGGUAGCAACAGCAGCCCCUCCGCCGGCACCACGUCCAAGGCUCCCAGCAGCGCUGCCGGCGUCAUCGAGGUUCUCCCCGUCGCCGCUUACGCUGGUCUUGCUGUCAUUGGUGGUGCGCUUGCCAUGUACUAA